UGUGACAUAGAGACGAGGCGGUAGAAUUUAGAAUUUGGAGCAAGGGUGGGUACUGGUCUUUACAGUUAACCCAAAAUAGAUUAGCCACGCCGUAUGCGUGUAGUUUCUUUUUUAGCCUGUAAAUUGAACUAAGUCAGUUAUAUGCCAAGCAGUUCCUGUAAAAAACAACAUGGCUAAGAGGCCAGAAUUUAGUCACAUGGGUACGUCUAGCUGAAUUUUGAAGAGAUAAAUAUACGGCAAUAAAUACAGAUUUUUAUUACUAAAUUACAAGAAGAUCUCUCGCUGUCAGGUCUCUAACUGUAAAAGGACCACUGGCUCAAUGACCUGUAAAGGCCAUUUCAGCACUUCCAUUCUGUUUGUCUCCAAGGCUUCACCUUAGGUAAGAACUUUUCGCUCUCAUUCACCUCUCAGGGGGCUUGGACUUUUUACAGCUGAAGGUCCAUCUUAUCUGAGAUGGACAGUAUUACCUAGCAGCAUGCAUACUCUAGCAACAUGAAUGACAUCAAGAGCAACAGAGAACUGUACCAGCAAUACACAGCCUUGGCCCCCAGGCUGCUGGCCCGCAUCUCCAAACUGCUCAUCAUUUGCCGGAAUGCAGGCAUUUCUGUACCUAAGGGCAUCAGGAACAUCUUUGAGUUCACUUGGGAGGAACUCACUGCCGACCCCAUGGUACCUACUGCGUCUGACAUCCUGGGCCUGGAGAUCAGCAUUGGAUCCCCACCUGUGGUGCUUAUGGAAUCAACCUCCAUGCAGACCCCUGUCCAGAAGAAGGCACCCCCACCAGUACUACCACCUCCGUCACUGCCCACACCCACUGGGCCUGCCAGCUUCACCCGCUCUCCCACCCAUGGCCAUCUGGUGCACUCUAGCCGGGAAAUCCUGCAGAAAUUCCAGCGGCGGUCCAUCCACCUGCUGACAGAGCUGCUCACCCUGAAGAUGAAGGCCAUGGUGGAGUCUGUAUCUGUAGGUGCCAAUCCUCUGGACAUCACAAGGCGCUUCGUGGAGGCCAGCCUGCUCCUCCACGUCAAUGCCAAGGAGAUGGCUCUUGACUACCUGAUCAGCACAAUUGGAAAAAGUAGCUAUGGUGCUGGACAGACAGGGAAAGAUUCGUCUGUGAGCACUCCAACCAUGGGUGUGAACUCACCUUACCAGCUUGUCUACGAGUCAUCUACUGGCUGUCUGAGCUUUUCCCUCUCAACUGGAAGGGAAGUCAAGAAGAAAACAGCCACAGGCAGAUCAAAAAACUUCGAAGACAUACCCAUGUCACCCCUCCAACGAGGACUCGGAAACUCUGCCUCUGACAGUAUGGAGUUCAGCGACCCCUGCCCUGAGGCCCGAGAGAAGCUGCAGGAGAUGUGUCGCCUUAUAGAAGCUGAAAGGGCCUCGUGGAAAGGGAGGAAUUUCUCCUACCCCAUGAUCUUUCGCAACUACAGGGCAAAGAUGCCCUCUCAUCUAAUGUCAGCCCCGAAAGGGGACGCUCAGACCCCUCACCCUCCAGGUGCUCAGACUUCCACUCCCACCCCUCACCAGCCUCCUGCCCAUCAACAGCCCCACUUCAGCCAACAUUCUCAGGAGUCUAAGACAUCUAAGAAGGUCAUCAAGUUGCAUUACACCUUCUGUGAUGGGUCCUCCUUCGUGUACUAUCCUUCUGGAAAUAUUGCCAUGUGUCAGAUCCCCACGUGCUGCAGAGGGAGAACCAUCACCUGCCUCUUUAAUGACACACCCAGCUUCUCCUUUCUGGCUCUGUUCAAUGCUGAAGGCCAGGGCUGUGUUCACUACAACCUGAAGGCCCGUUGCCCAUUUGUCUUGGUCUUGGAUGAGGAAGGUGGGACCACCAAUGACUACGAGGGCUACGUAGUCCACAAGUGGAGCUGGACUUCCAAGACAGAGACUUUGCUCUCCCUGGAAUAUCAGGUGAAUGAACAAAUUAAGCUGACGGUUCUGAGCCAGGACUCCAUCAUAGUCACCUUCACCUCCCUAAAUGAGACAAUAACACUCUCUGUUUCAGCCAACAAUUGUCCGCAUGGAGUAGCGCAGGAUAAACGGCUGCUGACCCGCAUGGACGACAAGAUGUCUAAGAUGAGCCGAGCCCUAGUGGGGAUCAAGAAGCGGUUUCAAAAGACAGUGUCACAGUUUAUGAAUUCUGUCUUGUUGGCAGCAGGCCUAUUCACCAUAGAAUACCCGGUUAAGGAAGAGGCACAAAGCAAUCGAACCAAGGUAAAAUCGGGUACCUAUGUCGAGCGAGGCCCCAAGCCAAGUUUAUACUCAGGAGAAGUCCUUUUAUUACGAUCUCGGUCAGCCCGACCUGAAUCCUCAGUUGGAGAGUCUUUGAGGGAAGAGCAUGGGUCCGUUUCCGUGAGCCCCACUCGGAGGAAGACCAUCAAGACCCAAGCCAAAGCCAUGAUCACACCCAGGGGGAAGGCCCAAGAGGUACGCAGCCCCACCAGGUGGGCAGCCUCGCCCUCUGACUGCCCGCUGGUGCUGCGGAAGCUCAUUCGCAAGGAAGACAUUAGGGCUGGCUGCAAGUGCCUGGUGAAGGCACCCCUGGUAACCGAUGUGGAGCUGGAGCGCUUCCUGUCUGCACCCCGCGACCCCAGCCAGGUACUGGUGUUCGGGAUAGUCUCAAGCCAGAACCCCACCAGUACCGCACAGCUCCAGUGGAUGCUGGACACACUCUACAGCCACCGGCAGCAGGGCCGUGCCUCACCCUGCAUCCAGUGCCGGCAUGACCCCUACCGCCUGCUACAGUAUGACCUGGACAGUGCCCUGCAGAAGAACCCACCACUGCUGGUGAAGAAGUAUGCUGUGGUGCAGGGGAUGGUUCUGAUGUUUGCUGGGGGAAAACUCCUUUUUGGAGGCUGCAUUUUGAAUGGAUAUGGCUAUAGCAGGCAGAAUCUGCUGAAACAGAUCUUCCAGGCUCGACAAGACUGCAAGAUGGGCUACUUCCUGCCAGACAACUACAAAUUUAGCAUUUCAACCUACAUCGCGGGCCUGGAAGACCCUGACUCAGUCAAGAAAACAAUACCAGAAGACAUCCAAGGAAGCUUCUCCUCACUGACCAUGGCGGACCAGAUGGAGGAGUCCUCCCCUGAAGCUGAGAAAAUGAAACAGCCUGAAGUGUUUCUGCAUACUCUCAGCAAAGCCAAGAGAGGCAGUAAGAAGUCGGCCAUCUGGAAAAAACAGCCCUCCAAGAAAUGAUGCUGCCCCCACAGCUACCCAGAGCUCCAAGCCUGGACACAGCUCCUCUCACAUCCACCCCAGUCCUGCCUCCCAAGCCUCCCACCCCCUUUCUCUAAGCCCCUGCAUAAUAAAUAAGCGUGCCUCCAGCAUCUGGGUGAGGCCGUGGGAUAGGCUCCUAUGAGGCCCCCCACAGACCUGUUCCAA